CGCCCAUCCCCUUCCACGAUGCGAGGGAGCGGCUGGAUGUCACAGAGCGGUCGGUGUACGGCUACACGUCUUGUCGUCGUCAGUCACCCUCACCCUGAUGAAUACCGUCGAGUCCAUGACGAUGGAGCUGAGCGGGAGAGAAGAAGCGGGCUCGGGAGCAGGGCAGAAGAGAGCUCACGCAAGCCAGUCUCUCCUCGACUCCCACUCCCAGCCUGAGCGCAGCACCAGCAACUCGAUGCUCUCCCGCGAUGAUGGCACUUCCAAGGCGUCUCACCUCUCCCUCCGCACACCCUCCAGCUCGAGCGCCACGUCGCUCUCUCGAGAAUUUUCGUUCCCCUAUCCGCAAGCUUAUCCCAUCCAGUUGGACCUCAUGCGAAACAUUUUCGAAUGCGCGGAACAGGGUAAAGUGGCGGUGCUGGAAAGUCCUACGGGCACGGGCAAAAGCUUGAGCUUGAUCUGCGCGACGCUCACUUGGCUUGAGAGGAAUGGACAGAGAGGUUCGUUGGGUGUGCUGGAGGGUCCGAAGGCGCGUGAGCUUGCAUCCACCUCGACAGCCAGCAUCACAUCCAGCAGCGCCGCUGAUGAUGCUGAGCCGGACUGGGUGCGAGCGCACGCUCAAGCCCGUGCGAGAGCGGACGAGCAGAGGGGUCAGGUGGAGUUGAGGCAGAGGAUAGCUAGAGCGCGGCAAGCGCAGCAGAAGGAAAAGAAUUCCUCAAUGGCGAUGGAGAGGAAGAGUGCUGCAAAGUGGAACAAAAAGAAGAAGCGACGCACGACGACGACGACGACGAGCGACGCCGCAUCCGAAUUCGAAUCGGAUUCCUACCUGCUCUCCAGCGGUUCAGGAGACGAAACAUCUCGUCCGAUCCCAUCCGACGAUUCUGCCUUUCUCUCUUCCGAAGUCCAAGCGCUCUUGGCUCAACUACGAGCUGGUGCCAGUGGAUCAUCAUCGGCGCGCAAGGGAGGUCCGACCUGGGGAUCCGCGAUGAAGGAGGAGGAUGAAGAUGAACCUGCUACGCUGCCGCAAGUGUUUUAUGCUAGUAGGACGCACUCGCAGUUGAUGCAAUUCGUGGCAGAGGUCAAGAAGACGAAGUUCGGAAAGGAUUGGAUGGAAAGCGAGGAGAAGCGAGACGAGCGGCAGGAGCGGGUGAAAGAGGAGAAUACGAGAUGCGUCUGUUUGGCUAGCAGGAAACAGAUGUGCAUCAAUGAAGAGGUCAUACGUACGGGAGAGACAAAGGGCAUGGAGGCCAUGAACGAAAAGUGCAGGGAUCUGGCAAAGGGCAAAGGCAAAAAGCGCUGCGAAUACCUGCCUGCACAGGAUGCGCAAGGCCGAUCGCAGAUUCUGGAUUAUCGCGAUCGAGCCUUUUCGCGCGUCUCGGACUUGGAAGAUUUGGUUGUGCUGGGCAAAGAGAUGGGCGUGUGUCCCUACUACGCAUCGCGCGCAGCUGCACGGACCGCCCAGUUGGUGGCUUUGCCUUACAAUUUGCUGCUCAGCCAGACUUCGAGAGAAACUCUGGGCACGAGUUUGGACGGGGCAGUGGUGGUGCUGGAUGAGGCGCACAAUGUCAUCGAUACGGUGUUGGAGGGAGGUAAGGUACACGUGGAUGAGGCUAUGCUACGCGUGGCAAAGGAGCAGAUCCAAACGUACCUCGAGAAAUUCGCAUCGAGACUCAAGGGCGUCAACGAGGUCAGACUGAGGGAAUUCAGAACCGUCAUUGAAGCUCUGCUCAAGUUUGCGCGCGAAUGGGCAGGCAGAGCAAAGAGUGGGAAAGAGGGCGGAAAGCAGGAGCAGAUGUUGAAAGGCGCUGAAGUGAUGAAGAGAAUUGGAGGAACCCUCGACCAGAUCAAUCUCGUCGCUUUGCACGCUCAUCUGAGACAAUCUCAGAUUGCUAGAAAGGUCAGCGGGUAUGCAGAUAAACAAGCCAUGAAAGCUCGAGCGGGCAAUGCGGAGGGACGAACGGCUCGCAGCGCAAUCAGCUGCAUGCACGCCAUUCAGUCGUUCAUACUCGCCCUCUCAAACAGCAACGAAGAUGGAAGGGUCUUCAUUUCGAUCGAAGAGAUCCAACGUGAAGCGGCAUUUGCCGUGCACUCCGGAACGUCAGACAGACCCCACGGAGUCGGUGCGGCGAGCGCGAGCGCUGCUUUGCGUCAGAGGCAGCGAGGUUCGGAGCAGGAUGAAGAGAGCGUGGUCCAUCUGCGGUACCAGCUACUCAACCCUCAAGAAGCAUUUAAACCUAUUCUUGAAAAGGCCAGAUCGGUCAUUCUUGCUGGAGGAACGAUGGAGCCUAUCUCAGACUUUACCACACAGCUCUUUCCGCAGAUCGACCCGCAAAGAUUUCACAGAUUCAGCUGCGGACAUAUCAUCCCCGCCCGGAACUUGCUCGCGGCCAUCGUGCCUAGCGGACCUAGAGGCACAACAUUCGAAUUCAAGUAUGAGUCUAGGGGCGACAUCAACGUUCUGGACGAUUUAGCCAGUGCUCUUUCCAACUACUGCAACAUCGUACCGCAUGGCCUUGUCGUCUUCUUGCCCAGCUACGCCUUUUUGGAAAGCGCGACGCGAAGGUGGAAAGAGAGUGGGGCGCUGAAUAGAUUGGGCAACAAAAAGAAGAUCUUCUUUGAACCGAAGAAUGCGACGGAUGUGGAUCGGUUGCUUGAAGAGUACAGAGCGGCGAUCGAUGCGGCGGACCAAAUCCCGACUGGGGGCGUACCGGCAAGGACGGGCUCCAUGCUGCUGGCCGUGGUGGGCGCGAAACUUUCAGAGGGAAUCAAUUUUUCGGACAGAUUGGCUAGAGCGGUCAUCAUGGUCGGCAUGCCCUUUGCCAAUGCUGCAAGUGUGGAGCUCAAGGAGCGCAUGAACUAUGUACGAACUUUGGCCAAGACUUCAUCACUGGACUUAGCGUCCACAGAGAAGGAUGCCGGCCAAGAACUGUACAUUAAUCUGUGCAUGAAAGCCGUCAAUCAAUCCAUCGGCAGAGCGAUACGUCACCAGAACGAUUAUGCCGCUCUGAUCCUGCUCGACAAGCGAUUCGCUCGUGCGGAUAUACGCGCCCGUCUACCAGGUUGGAUUCGAGACUCGACCAGGACGUUUGAUCGAUUCGGACCGUCCAUAGCUGCUACUGGUGCCUUUUUUCGCGACAAGCGCGGGCAAUGAGGCAAGAAGAGAGACGCGAAACGUUUUUGUGUGGG